GCCGAGAACGUGAAUGCCUCGAUGGGCUACGAUGGCUCGCCUUUCAAUACCCCCAUGCCAUCACCGUCACAAUGGUCGCAGGAGAAGUGCCACGGAUACAAGGACAAGCCUUCUCGGGGCCUCCCCCGCGAGAGCCGCCACAAUCGCGUGCCGAAGAACGUCAACCUGCAGGCCGAAUUCCAAAGCCAGUCGGCAGAGAUCACGACUCUGAUGAUCCGCAACAUUCCCAACCGCUACACGCAGAGGGAGCUCAUGCAGGAGUUGGAGGAGAUGGGCUUCGCUAACAAGUUUGACUUCCUCUACAGCCCGCUGGACAAAGGAACCAUGUCCAACGUGGGCUACGCCUUCGUGAAUUUCAAGACCGCGCAGUGGGCCUCGCAGUGCAUGCAGGCCUUCCAGAGCUACCGCUUCAAGCGUCAUCGCAAGACCUCCGGAAAGGUCGCAGCCGUAUCCGCUGCGCAUCUCCAGGGCCUGGAGGCAAACCUGGCUCACUACGAGAAGACCGCCGUGAACACCGCUAAGAUGAAGCAGCGCCGGUCCCAU